UUCCGGUAUAUCCAUUUUGGCUUCUCUUCUCCCAUCUCCCAACCUCCACAACCCCCAAUAUUUAACACCCCCAAUCCCCAAGAUUUCCCCAACUAAAACCACCCCUCAUCCCCAAAUCCCCCAAACCAAACCCCCAAAUCCCCCAAACUUCAACCAAAUCUCAGGCUUUUUCGACCACCAAAAAUGACCAGGCGCUGCUCACAUUGCAGCAACAAUGGCCACAACUCACGCACUUGUCCCAACAGAGGUGUGAAGCUGUUUGGCGUCAGAUUGACUGAUGGGUCUUCUUCUAUUAGGAAGAGUGUUAGUAUGGGCAAUUUGAGCCACUAUGCUGGAUCUAGCCUCAAGAAUGGCCAUGACUCUCCUGGUGAUAAUCUUGAUCAUGGCGGAGAUGUGGCGGAUGGUUAUGGUUCUGAGGAUUUUGUUCCUGGCUCUUCUUCUUCUGGAAGAGAACGAAAGAAAGGUGUUCCAUGGACCGAAGAGGAGCAUAGGAUGUUCUUGCUUGGUUUGCAAAAGCUAGGCAAAGGUGACUGGCGUGGAAUUUCGCGUAAUUAUGUCAUUACCAGAACACCGACCCAGGUAGCCAGCCAUGCCCAGAAAUAUUUCAUCAGGCAAUGCAGUAUGUCUAGGAGAAAGCGAAGGUCAAGCCUGUUUGACAUGAUUACUGAUGAACCAGUUGAGACUCCAAUGGUGUCGCAUGAUUUCUUUUCCGUUAAUACUCAAGAAGAUGAGACCCAGAUUGAUCCAUUGCCUGCUCCUGCAGUUGAACAAGAAUGCGAACCAAUGGAAUCCACCAAAUCUAAUGACGUGGAACCUUCCUCUUUUCAACCAGAAAUUUCUCAGUACUGUUAUCCAGUUUACUAUCCUGCCUACAUCUCUUCUGUUCCAACUUCGCACCCAUAUUGGUCUGGUUGCAGUGAGGAGCCACGUAAGAUAGAGAGUCAUGUGGUACUUAAGCCAACAGCAGUGCAUUCCAAGAGCCCGAUCAAUGUUAAUGAACUGGUUGGCAUGUCAAAGCUCAGCCUAGGGGCAUCCAUUGGCAGGGAUGAAACCUCCACUCUCUCGGUUAAGUUACUUGAAGGUCCCAGUAGGCAGUCUGCUUUUCAAGCUAAACCUACACCUGCUAAUUCAGGUAUGAUCUCGGGUAAUAAUGCAAUCCAUGCAGUUUAAUAAAGUCUAGGGUGUUAGGUUGGAAGGUGCUGCUGAGCUCUAGCAAAAGUUCUUGUUUAUAGAAACGCAACAAUGAUAUUUAGUUGGCUUGAGGCUUUGUUGAUUUUGUAUCACAUCUUAAAUAAGCUUCUGGUGUUCCGAAGCACUGAACUUAACGCCAGUCCCUUGUAACUUUUAGUUUAUGUCAGUUGUGUCAUAUUAAAUUAUUAUUAAUAGAAUUUUAGUCGGACUUUUUUGCCA